AGCGCUGCAAUCAGGCGACAGAGAUUGGGAAGGACCGAGAGGGUGCAAAGCAAAUUCGAGAUCUUCCGAUCAAUUGCGUCAUACAUUGCAGCCGCUUGAUCUUUCUUUUCCUCCCACCCCGCAUCCAGCCGUUUGCGCCGUCCGCGAAAUGUUGACCCCGCCGCGACGCGACCCGGCGCGCUCCUCGGUCAAGGAUAUAAGAAAGCGAGCUGGCCACGGCACCUACCUCAUCACACAUCUCCCCCUCACACCAUGGCUGCCUCCGGUUCCUCCUCGCUCACGAUGUCCCCUCACCUGGCGGAUCUGCAGCCUGUCCGUGUCAAGUCGCACGAUGACGCCCCCGGCGCCCCUGACCUCAGCUUCCCGUUUGACACGACCGACACCGCAGAGGCCGGUGUGACGAACGAGUACCGCGCCGCGACAAAGAGCGGUCUGAUGUCCGCAAUGGAGGCUCUGCGGCCCAUACCCGCACACACGGCCGUACAGCCCCACGCUCUCUCUGACCCCGAAAAGGCGAAGGCGCUUGAAAAAUACGAGUUUGUGACUUGGAAAGUGAACGACCUGAGGGACCCCCGAAAUUGGUCUACCCUGUGGCGGUGGUAUAUCACCGGUGUUGUUACAAUCGCCGUCGUCUCCGUUGCCUUUGGUAGUGCCGUCAUCACGGGCGACUUCAAGGAUAUCCAGUCUGAGCUGCACAUUGGCGAAGUCGUCGCUGCCCUAUCAGUCUCUCUAAUGGUCGUCGGAUUUGGUCUUGGUCCUCUCGCAUGGUCGCCGCUGAGUGAACUGUACGGGCGGAGACCUCUCUGGUUGAUACCUUCCGUCUUCUACGUCGUCUUCAACAUCCCAUGUGCCCUAGCGACAAACAUUCAGACGCUGCUCAUCUGCCGAUUUUUGUGCGGCUUUUUCGCAUCUGCACCGCUCACUCUCGCCGGUGGCACAAUUUCUGACAUCUGGGACAACAACGAGCGUGGGCUGGCCAUCGCAUUCUUCGCUGCUGCACCGUAUGGCGGACCUGUCCUUGGGCCCAUUGUCGGUGGAUUCGUCGGUCAGAGCAUUGGAUGGCGUUGGAUCAUGUGGGUCAACAUGAUCUUUGCUGGUGUCGUUCUGCUCUUCUGUGCCACUAUUCCGGAAACUUUCGCGCCUGUGUUGUUGCGCAAACGUGCUGCCGCCUACCGUGCUCAGACUGGUCGGGACGACAUCGUCACUGAGCAGGAGUUGUUCAAGAAAUCGUUCGCCCAUAUGCUUAUCGACACUCUCAUUCGACCUUUCCAAAUGAUCGUCACAGAGCCCAUUCUGCUGUUGAUGUCGCUGUACAUUGCUCUCAUCUACGGCCUUCUCUACGCGUUCUUCUUCAGUUUCCCUGUCGUCUUCGGCGAAGGUUAUUCGUUCAGUGAUGGCCUCGUCGGACUCACGUUCUGCUCCGUAUUGAUUGGAGUUGCAUUGGCUCUAAUUGCGACGACCCAGCUGGAGAAGAACUAUCUCCAGCGUGCUAUGGCGAAGGGCGGUCGUGCUGAUCCCGAGGAUCCUCUCUUCAUUUUCGGAUGGACGAGUCCCCCAUAUGUGAUGCCGGGUGGUGGGAACUGGGUCGGUCCUGCCAGUGCUGGCAUCCCCUUCGGAUUUGGCAUGGUCGUGAUCUACUCGUCUGCCAAUGCAUACCUCAUCGAUGCGUUCCCCGGCUAUGUGGCCUCCGCUCUGGCUGCCAAGACGGUCAUUCGUUCUGGUGCUGGUGCGGCCAUGCCUCUGUUCAUGGUGCAAAUGUUCCACGGCCUGGGCAACGGAUGGGCCGCGUCACUGCUUGCCUUUGUCUCGCUCGCCAUGGUCCCUAUCCCAUUCUUGUUUUACAAGUUUGGCCGCUCGAUUCGGGCACGCUCUCAGCAUUUCCCCACUGGCUAUGUCGCCUUCUUCAGUUGCUUCUGCUUUCAGCCCAUUAUGACUUGUUCUCGCGCCCUAUUCCGGUGCUUCAAAGCUCUGGAGAGGCUGGGAGACCGACUUACAGGCGCCGCAGGGCCUUUCUCCGUGACAUUCGUGGUUGUUCUCAUUGGUGCAGGGAUUAUUUGUUUCUGGACAAAGCAAUGCGUCGGCCUACACAAUGAGCGCCAUUUCGUGAUGUUCAUGGCAUACCUCAUCAUCCCCUGUGCGGCGAUCAGCAUUACUGGCCUCCCACAUGUCAUGCUCGCGCUCGGAGUCUCAGCAUCCUACACCUAUUAGGUCGAUUGGCUGUACCUUGUGCCGCAGGUCAUGUUCAUCCUCGAGUACAUCCUCGCAUCGGUGAUGUGUCUUGUGGUCGGAAUCAUGUGCAGCUAUCAUCUCUGGACCGUCGCGCCUGGAGAGACGACUGUCGAGGCCCCGGAUCAUGAAGUAUACCGCAAGGUCACCUAACCGCGAGAUGAGACCUUCGUCAACUUUUACGACCUCGGCAAGCGUCGGAACCUCCAGGUCUUCUUCGAUGUCGGAGAGAAUGGAUACCCUACUAUACGCUGUUCAUACCUUUCCGAAUCAUGCAUGCCCUACACCGAUGGCCGUUCCUGGGCCCCCAGAGAAGGAUACAACGGUCACCAUGGUGUGCGGCGCGGGGAGGAGCUGACGGACGAUGAGGGUGAACGUCUAGCAUAAGAUCUCAGCCUGUAUAUCAUUCGGAACGCGACCAUGUUCGGUACUCUUAACCCCGUCUGCGCAACCCCGCCAUCCUCUUUUGCAAUAUGCGAAUUAGAUGAUCACGGGGUGUGCGGAUCUUCGUCACCGUUGUUGCCGUCUCAAUCCCCCUUGUUAUCCUCAUCCCUCGAGCUUAACUUUGGUGCAACACUCUCUGCGUGGGAGAAGCAGCUUCUACCGGGCAGCUCCCCGAAAUCAGGCAACAAAGCUUCUCACACUUAUCCUUCAACUACGCCCUGUGGUGAGCUCGAGAAGGGGCCUCGACUAAGUAGUCUUUCGAACUCGGUGGCCGGGAACCACGCGUUCGCUGACUCGCACUCUCUCCUCAUAUUCAUCUUUGUCUCCGAAUGCUUCCAGCCCAUCGCGUCGACGCAUCCAUUCGCCGCAUUCAUUGUCGUGCUUUGCACUACGGAACUCCCAGAUAUCAACCUUGACGCCGAAUGGAGCCAGCCUCCUGACCCCAGAAGGACCAAAUUUGGAACUCUGUUCUGCAACUUCAUCACUAUCGUUGCAUGAGGGUGUGCUUGGGGAGCACACCACAAAUCCUAACUAGCAUGAGGAUGCUUUCGCAGUCAGUGACUCAUCCAGAUAUAAGUAGAAUGUAUCUGUCUACACAUCAAAAAUUCCCCGACGGGGAGUCGAACCCCGGGCAAGUGCGCUAAUCAGACACAA